AGCCGCAUUGGAUUAGUUUGUUUACAAAUUAAAAUGUCUGCGCGACCGGGUCUUCAUAAAGUUAAGAAUCCAGAAAGCCCGAAACGAACUGCUCCGCAGUCUGUUGAUGCUGUUGACGAGGAGGAUAAUAAAUGCCCCUUCAAUGAAGACUUCAUUCGGGAGUCAGCUGCGAAUUUUGAGGAAGGUUCAUCGGGAGAGGAAGACAAGAACGAGACUGGCGAAGAUGUAGUGCCCGACAAGCAGAGGAGCUGGCACUUUUAUGGCAUUGGCAUCCCUCUAAUGAUCAUUAUACUGUCGAUGGCUGCCUGGUACUAUAUCUAUGCGGAGAAGAGCUGUGCUUUUAAGACGCAGCGCGGUAUCGAACCAAAGCAAUCGGAUAGAGUAUGGAUGGCUCUACAAAAAGGAAUUGAAGGGCUGAUCAACAAGCGAGAUCCGCGACCCAGUGUAUUCCUGUUUCUGCAUCAAGAAGAGGAACUAAAGACGCUCAUUGACGAAAUUGCAACUGAGGCGUCGCGCUGUUUUGGUGGACCGGGGAAGCCAGUACACAUGAACAAAGAUGACUUUGUACCGAAAAAUGGUGACUAUGGAUUUGCCAUUGAACAGUUUAAGAAGAAACUUCAAGAGGGCAAUGUAUUUCUCAUCGUCAACCUCAAUGAAAUUCCACCUAGGUCGGCACGGGCGUUGCACCCGAUUUGCGACACCUACAAUCCUAUUGCCGCGGACGCAGUCAUCUUUCUGACGCUGCACACAUCCAGCACAACAGACACUGGAAACUCGGUGGAACUGGCCAGGCAAACACUGUACGAGCUGUGGGGCACACAGCUGCAAGACAACGAGCUUGAACCCCUAAUUACGCGCGUCACCGAUCAGGUGCUUCAUCUAAACAGCACGGGCUAAAUUCUCAAAAUAAAUUUGUAUUAAUACAAAAAUAA